UUACUGGGUCCUUUAGCUCUAUUAGAAAGACAAAAAAAAAUCCCCCUUUGCAAAUUAGCAGAUCCAACCAAAGUCUCCAUCUUUUUCAUUUUAUUGGCAAUGCUUAAGCUUCGAGAUUCAUUCUUCUUUCUACCCAUUUUGUGUUUCUGCUUUGUUUUCAUUGUUGACGGUUCGGUUCAUGAGUACAAUGGUGAGAAAUUCGUCGGUAAAGGCAAUGCAUUCGUCGUACAUGGCGGCAGCGAAGGCAUUUAUUCUUCUUUUGCUGACCCCUACAAUGUAACCGCCACUAUUGGUGACUCUUAUAUCCGUUUUGAGAAGGUUACAUUCCGUAGACCCAAAGAAGCUGCUAACUUUAGCAGCAAGGCUAUACAAGCAGUUGUUUUCGGGGUCGAAGAUAGAGACUCGAUUGGGGGUUCAGCUUAUGGGGGUCAAAGAGCUGUUUGUUGCACGGCAGAUCUUGCGAAACUCGGUGUUUGUUUGGAAGGAGAAGUUAUUUAUCGUCCUUCCACCGAGAAUCCUAACUGGCCGAAAGUGUUCGGCAUCUCCUUUAAUGGAGAUGAUGAGGUUGCAACAUUGCGAUCAAGGUCUAUAAAGAUUACUAAAACUGGGAUGUAUAACUUGUACUUCAUUCACUGUGAUGUGAACCUUAAAGAUUUGACUGUGGAGGGGAAAACCAUAUGGAAAAAUCCUAAUGGCUAUCUACCCGGUAGAAUGGCCCCGCUGAUGAAUUUCUACGGGUUCAUGUCCCUUGCUUUUGUGAUCCUCGGAAUCUUUUGGUUCUCGCAGUAUGCAAGGUUUUGGAGAGAGAUUUUUCCUUUGCAAAACUGUAUAACAUUAGUGAUAACGCUCGGCAUGCUCGAGAUGGCUCUUUGGUAUUUCGAUUAUGCUGAGUUCAAUGAGAGUGGAAUUAGGCCAGUUGGGAUCACCAUGUGGGCGGUCAGCUUCGGUACUAUCAAACGUACAGUUUCUUGGAUUAUCAUUUUGAUGGUUUCGAUGGGUUAUGGUGUUGUGAGGCCUACCCUUGGUGGGCUUACUUCAAAGGUAAUCAUGCUUGGGGCAACUUUCUUUUUGGCGUCUGAAGUUCUUGAAGUGGUAGAAAAUGUUGGUGCAGUGAGUGAUCUUUCUGGAAAGGCAAGACUGUUUUUGGUUCUUCCCGUUGCAAUCUUAGAUGCCUUCUUCAUUCUUUGGAUAUUCACUUCUCUCUCUGCAACUUUAAAUAAACUUCAGGCUAGAAGAAUGACGGUAAAGCUGGAUAUAUACAGGAAGUUCACAAAUGCAUUGGCAGUAGCUGUUAUCGUGUCUGUGGGUUGGAUAUGUUACGAGCUUUAUUUCAAGUUGAAUGAUGUUUACAACGAGCAGUGGCAGAGUGCCUGGAUCAUCCCAGCCUUUUGGCAAGUCUUAUCUUUCUCUCUACUAUGCGUCAUCUGUGUUCUUUGGGCGCCUUCUCAAAAUUCGAUGCGGUACGCUUACUCCGAUGAAGCAAACGAAGGUUUCGAUAAAGAUGACACUACUUUGACACUCAUAAAACCCUCUUCAACACCGAUGAAAGAUUUUAAAAGUGCAGCAGAGGCUAGACCAGUGCAGGGCCAUAAUGGAGCAUGGAAUGGUGAUUUGGAAGAAGACAAGACGGUGUGACUUGGAAAAAGAACCUUCUUUGACGCUUCUGAGUUCAACAUUGAUAUCAACCAGGUUACUAUAUGCCAAAAGCCAAUCAUUACAACCAAAAGUCAGCCGUUCAUUAGCUAUUUAAUUUAGUAAGUUGUUUAUCUGUUAUUUGUCAAUUUUCACCAAAGGAAAAGUUCAAUCCAUGCUAUGCCCUUUUUUAUAUUAAUAUAGUUUGGUCACGUGUUAUAUUA